AUGCAGCGCUUCAAUGUUGGGGAGGACUGUCCUGUCUUCGAUGGGGUUUUUGAAUUCUGUCAGCUAUCUUGUGGAGGAUCGCUAGCUGCUGCAACAAAGCUUAACCGCAAGCAUGCAGAUAUUGCCAUUAAUUGGAUGGGUGGUCUUCAUCAUGCGAAGAAGAGUGAAGCUAGCGGAUUUUGUUACAGCAACGACAUCGUAUUGGCCAUAUUGGAGUUACUCAAACAUCAUCAACGUGUUCUCUACGUCGAUAUUGAUAUUCAUCAUGGCGAUGGAGUGGAGGAGGCCUUCUACACCACAGAUAGAGUCAUGACUGUGUCGUUCCACAAAUAUGGAGAAUACUUUCCCGGAACCGGUGAUCUUAAGGACAUCGGAGCAGAGAAAGGGAAAUAUUACGCACUCAACUUUCCUUUACGUGACGGCAUUGAUGAUGAAACAUAUGAGAGCAUCUUCACUCCCGUAAUACGCAAAGUUAUGGAAUGCUUCCAACCGUCAGCCAUAGUUCUGCAAUGUGGCGCAGAUUCACUUACAGGCGAUCGACUUGGAUGUUUCAACCUGACUUUAAGAGGGCACGGUAAAUGUGUUGCAUUUCUGAAAAAAUUUGGUGUUCCUUUGAUGAUGGUUGGUGGUGGAGGAUAUACAAUCCGCAAUGUAUCUCGUUGCUGGACUUACGAAACUUCUGUGGCUGUUGAGGCUGAGAUCGCUAAUGAACUGCCCUACAAUGACUACUUUGAGUAUUUUGGACCAGAUUUCAAGCUCCAUAUAGAAAAAUCAAACAUGACCAACCAAAACACCAGAGAUUAUUUGGAGAAGACGAUGGUGCGACUGUUUGAAAAUCUUCGUGAGUUGCCGUAUGCACCAUCCGUGCAGAUGCAGCCGAUUCCACCAGACUCUCUGCACAUAUGCCGGAUAAAGUCUUUGCUGCUUGAUCAUUCGAACCCAGAUGUUCGGGAACCUUUUGCAGUCACGGACUCGCACAUUGAACACGAGGCGGAAUUCUACGAUUCUGGCAAAGAAGGUACCAGGGAAUCACAGGCAUUCAUAUCCCCUGCAGUACUACAGGAAUUGAAGAGAAUCGUUGAAGAUUCUGAAAUCAUGCAGGAAGAUGAUGCCAAUUGGCCAGAACCGGACAAAGUAGGACGGCAAGAGCUGGAGAUUUUGAUGAACAAUGAACACAUCUCGUUCACAACAGGAAAAAUUGGUUCAUUGGCAGACGUAAACAACAGCAAGGUAGACAUUGCCGAUGUGCAUUUGGCUAAUGGUGGAAAGGAAGUCGAUCGAAGGUCUAUAUUUAUGUUUUUCCACGUUCGAGAUGAGUGGAGUUGUCUAUCAAUGCGAUUUCAGGCAUUAUACUGGAUGGGGGAUCCUGAUGGUCUUCGUUCGUUUUACUAUCUGGUUCAGGAUCUCAAAUGUCUUGUGUUUUCUUUGAUUGGACUUCAUUUCAAGAUCAAACCUAUUUAA